AUGACAAAAAGCGAGAAGCCGAGAAGAGCAGAAAGAGCCAAAGAGACAUCAAUUAGAGCUGUGAGGUGGCUAGCAUUGCAAAGGUGUGCAUUUAGAGGACAUGAUGAAACCGUCGAUUCUCAUAACCGUGGAAAUUUUAUUGAAUUGGUCAAAUUUCAAGGAGAAUUGUGUAAAGAAAUUGGUGAUAUUAUAUUAGAUAGAGCUGCUAAAAAUGCCAAGUAUAUAUCACCAUCAAUUCAACAGGAGAUACUAAAAAUUAUUGCUGAUCUUAUGCGAAUUAAAAUCCGUGAUGAAGUGGGGGAUGCUAAAUUUUGUAUUCUUGUUGAUGAAGCAGUUGAUAAAUCUCAUAGAUCACAAAUGGCUAUUGUUUUGCGGUAUCUAGAUUGUGAUGGGUUUGUUAGAGAGAGAUUUUUUGAACUUGUUGGUGUUGAUGACACUAAUGCUUUGACUUUAAAAACACAUAUAUGUAACAUCUUGACACAACAUAAGCUUUUGAUUGAAAAUAUGCGAGGUCAAGGAUAUGAUGGUGCUAGCAAUAUGCGGGGAGAAUGGAAUGGAUUACAAGCACUAUUCCUCAAAGAUUGUCGGUUUGCAUAUUAUAUUCAUUAUUUUGCUCAUCGACUACAACUUACUUUAGUUGUAGCAGCUAAAGAAGUAUCAGAUCGACAUUCUCAAUUGAAAUCAAUUCGAGGAAAUGAAAUCAUUGAUUUGAUAAAAUCUGGAGAACUUGGGACUGGUACCGGAGUCAAUCAAGCUAGUACUUUGCAACGGCCCGCAUCUACUUGUUGGAGUUCACAUUACACUUCUAUUAUUCGAGUUAUUGAAUUAUUUGGUUCAAUUUGUACACUUCUAGAAGAUCUCAUAGGAGGGAAGUUGACCUUUGGUAUUCGUGCGGAGGCUAAAGGUUUGCUUAAAGUGAUGAUGACAUUUGAUUUUGUGUUUAUAUUAUUGUUGAUGCAUAGAGUUUUAGAAACAUCUGAUAUGUUGUGCCAAGCAUUGCAACGAAAAAAUCAAGACAUUUUGAAUGCAAUGAGUUUAGUCGCUACUACAAAAUUGCUUUUCCAGAAAAUGCGAGAUGAUGAAUGGGAUGAUUUUCUAUGGAGUGUGAAUAAUUUUUGUGAUACUCAUGAUAUUGUAGUGCCUGAUUUGACUGAUCAUUAUAUUAAAGGUACUAAGCGUUCUUGUCAGCAGAAAAAUCAGUUUACAGUGGAGGAAUUCUAUCAUUUUCAUAUAUUUAAUGUUGUUAUUGACAAACAGUUGAUGGAGUUGAAUACAAGAUUUACUGAGGAAUCAAUAGAGCUUCUUACUCUAUGUGAAGCCUUGAAUCCAAGUGAUGGUUUCAAAUCAUUCUCUGAAAGUGCAAUUUAUUCCUUAAUUGAGAAAUUUUAUCCAAGUGAUUUUUCCAAAGAUGACAUGAAACAUUUGAAGACUCAAUUGGAUCAUUACAAGCUCGAUCCUUCCUACCGAAAAACGUCUCUGGUGAAGGAGUCACCGGUGAACCCUCACCCAAGCAGAAGGAGAAGAAUAAUCCCCAAACUCCACCGCCUCCGCCUCCGCUCCCGCCCCCGUCCGCCCCCGAGCCUCCGCCUCCCUCUGCCCCAAACGACGAGAGGGACUUCAAACGCGUGGGCAAGAUGGCCUACAAUUGGCGAUCACCCUCCUCACCAUCUUCGCCGCGCUUCUGCUGACCACACCGAACGAGUCUUCCUCUACGCCGCCGGCACCUGCCUCGCCUGCCUCUCCCUCGUUACCUCCGUCGGCCUCAUCUACUACUCUGUCCUUAGCCAUCCCGGCACCCAGCUCGCAAAGGUACAGGAGAGGGUGAUGGGCUUCUCUGCAGUGAACCCUGUGCUGACUGUCAUCUUCCGCUUGGCACUCAUACCCAUCCCGCUCUUUCUAAAGAUCAUGGCUCCCAUUAUUUUGUUAACCGGGAUACUGCUUCUCUCAAUUUAUUUAACAGAUAAAAUUAAAGUCACAUGA